CCCAGCAACUGGUUUGUAGCAGUGGCUGUUGAAGCCGGGAAGGACGAGGACUGAGAUGUCCGCGUAAUGAAUUAUCCCCCCCCCCCCUGAAGUGUGGGUCUUACUUUCAGGGCACCGUGGCUUGCUUGUUUCCUAAUUAAAGCAGACUCACGGCUAACACGCAGCCAGCUUUCGGUGUAUUGUCCAGCCGCGACAGACCAGAAACGAGCCAAAUAGCGAGGAUGUCGGUCCCCGCUGGAAGAUAAUGAAGAGGCUGCGCGUUUUGUUGGUGUGCUUCAUUGUAGCUCUCCUGUGCUGGUACCCCAGUAAAGAUGUGUAUUGUUCAGAGCAGAGCUCGUCUGGCUCAGGUCCCUCUGCCCAGGACCGAGACCCCCACAGCCAGGAGCAGGAGCAGGACUCCACGCAGAACCAGGUGGUGGAAGAAUGGCCGGCACACACCUCAUACGAUAUAGGGUUAGUGACGGAGAGGGCAGCACGAGAGGAGCUUGCACACAUACAACAUGAAGAGACUGUGAAUUGUUUGGAAGCUGAGACGAAGGAGACCAAGCAGAGUCCAGAGCUAGAUGCUGUACCCGUUCUUCAUGAGCCAGAACUCCCCACAGAGCCCCAGGCUAACCUGGACUUGCAGGCUGACACACAGGACCACCACCGUGGCAAAGAAGACCCGAUCCCCCCCACACAAAGCCCAUUGCCAGAACCGGCCGGUGCGUCAGCAGACGCCGGCGUCCAGGCGGAGUCCUCUGGUGACGAUCACGCCGCACAGCCACGCCCGGACUCGGACCCGUCGACUCUUCCCGAUGAAGCUGAAAACGUUCCUACCUCAGAGAGCGCUGGCCCCACCGACGCAGGUGCAGUGUGGGUUGCCAGUGCAGGCGAUGAACUCCCAGUAGACAGCUUUGUCUUUGCUGAGCACUCUGAUUCACAGUGCAGGGUCAUUCCCCCCGAACUGGCAACCUGUGAAAACUCCCCUUUUGGCCGCCCUCUCCUCAGUGUGGACGAUGCUGGUACAGAUGACCAGUUGUCAAGCCAGGGCUCUGAUCUCGAAGCAGAGUCCAGUCCAGAAUUAGCAGAUCCAGAAGCAGCUGAACCUGGAACGCUGAAGGAGGAGCAGGAGCAGGAGCAGCUGGAAGAUGUGCUGUCCAGAUUGGAGCAAGAGGGCAACACUUCCCACCUCCACCAUCAGCAGCAGGUGGGAGAUGCCAAUGCUGCCAGAGAAGCUGACCCGUCUGUACCCAGUAAAGAUGACAUCCCCACCUUCGAUGAGUGGAAGAAACAAGUUAUGGAGGUGGAAAAGGAAAAAAGUCAGACUUUCCAUACCUCCACCAGUGGCAGCCCACAUUCAGCGAAGAAGGUCCAGAAAAACUUUAAGAAUAACUACGCCUCUGUGGAGUGUGGCGCCAAGAUCCUCUCCGCCAACAAUGAGGCCAAGAGUACGUCGGCUAUCCUUAUGGAGAAUAUGGACCUUUACAUGCUAAAUCCGUGCAGCACCAAAAUCUGGUUCGUGAUAGAGCUCUGCGAGCCGAUUCAAGUCAAACAGCUGGACAUCGCCAACUUUGAGCUUUUCUCUUCAACGCCUAAAGACUUUUUAGUUUCCAUCAGCGACAGAUAUCCCACCAACAAGUGGGUGAAGCUGGGUACUUUCCAUGGGCGCGACGAGCGGAUCGUCCAGAGUUUCCCACUGGACGAACAGCUUUAUGCUAAAUAUGUGAAGAUGUUCAUCAAAUACAUAAAGGUUGAACUCCUCUCUCACUUUGGGGCCGAGCACUUCUGUCCCCUCAGUCUCAUCAGGGUGUUCGGUACCAGCAUGGUGGAGGAAUAUGAGGAAAUAGCAGAUUCCCAGUAUCCCUCCGAGAGGCUGGAGUAUUUGGAUGAAGACUAUGACUAUCCUCCUGGUUACCAACCAUCAGAGGAAAAAGCCUCUAAAAACCUGCUUGGUUCAGCAACCAAUGCCAUCCUUAACAUGGUGAACAACAUCGCCGCUAACGUGCUCGGUGGCAAGCCGGGACUAGAUGGUGGAGCAGAAACGGGAGGUAAUGCGACGGAGGAGGGGAGGGAGAAGGAGAGCACAGAGGUGAAGGUUGACCCCCCUGAAGCCUUUCCCGACUCUGCAGGUCUGGACGCUGCAAAGCCGAAGCAACCUGCGACAGAGACGGAUCCUAAUGCCUCCAGUGACUCGAGUUCGUCCUCCUCCUCGUCUGAACCCAGCGAGGACAGACAGAUUGUCACACUUGUGGAGGAGGAGGAAGACGAGGAGCCAAAGCAGUCGACCGUGACGCUGUUGGAGGAAGAAGCAGAGGAAGAAGAGGAGAAGAGCGAGGAGAAACCGAGGAGGGACGCUGACAGGAACCAGUGGGAGAGUCAGGCGUACUGUCCUUUCUCCUCCUUGUCCUCGCUGUCUCUGUCCUGCAUGGCCACGCUGCCCGAGCUGCUCCACCGCUGGUGCUCCGCCAGGCUGGCGAAGGAGCGACUGCGCAGCCUCAGGAGGAGGCAGCUCAACACUCAGACUCAGACCGACGAGAGCGCCCCUGUCCCAACGCAGGCGCCUCCACUCCUCCUAGUGCCGACUCCUCCCCAAGAAGUCCUCCCCCUGACGGAGACGGCUGCGGAGCCCGAGGCGCCGGGUAAAGCCCAUAACGAGGGGAGGCUCGCCGGUGAGGUGCAGACUGAAAUGCAAGACACCGCUCAGCCAUCCGAUACGCACAGCCCAGAGCUUAACAUCCUGCUAGAGCCCAGCAGAACGACCACCCUCCCCCCCCACAGUUCCUCAGCUCCUCACAGCACCCCGACGCGGCCCGACCCCACACACGAGGAGAAGCCGUCGCCUCCUGUGAAGGACGACGCCCUGGACCCUGCCCCCUCUCCUCCCCUCCAAGCUGCGCCUACUCUAGAGACGCAGCAGGCCAGCAGUGCCAGGUUGACGCUCUCCGUCAGUUCCCCCCCGCAGGCUCCGCCCCCUGAGACAUCGUUUGUCGUCGUAGGGACCCCCACCAAAGAGCAGCCUGCGCUUUCUCUUCCUACCGCGUCGCGGCCCGAGAACCUCCUCCCGCCUCCCACUGAGCCGCCAGCCGCCGUCCCGCCAGCUGACGGCCACACAGACUCAGUUAAGUCGGGUACAGACGCCGGGGGGGGCAGACACAAACAGGACACCGAUGCUGCUCAGACCCAGGGGGAGCAGGGCAGCAAUCUCUCCCCGACAGGAGAGCCCCCUCGGCCCGAAGAGUCUGUGGAGGAGGAGCUGUUAAACACUAACGUUCAGCGGACAGCCACCGACUUCUACGCAGAGCUGCAGAAUGGAGGCGACUACGCCGGGGGUAACGGCGCGUCGCUGAACGGAGGCGCCGUUCACGGGUCCAGUCAGAAGGAGAGCGUGUUCAUGAGGCUGAACAACAGGAUCAAAGCUCUGGAGAUGAACAUGAGCUUGUCCAGCAGGUACCUGGAGGAGCUGAGUCAGAGGUACCGUAAGCAGAUGGAGGAGAUGCAGAAAGCCUUUAACAAGACCGUCGUCAAGCUGCAGAAUACCUCCCGCAUCGCUCAGGAGCAGGACCAAAAGCAGACGGAUUCCAUCCAGCUUCUGCAGAGCCAGCUGGAGGACGUUACCAAACUGAUGCUCAAUCUGACGGCUACAGUGAGCCAGCUGCAACGAGAGGUGUCCGACAGUCAGAGCUACCUGGUGCUCUCUCUGCUUCUGUGCCUGUUGCUGGGGGUCCUGCUUUGCCUGCAGUGCUGCCGCGGCUCGUCUCCCGGCCCUAAAGCCGACCUCGCUCCCCUUCCCAAGAGCAACCACUACCCCAGCCCCAAGAGAUGCUUCUCCUCCUAUGACGACAUGAGCCUGAAACGUAGGGUGACCUCCCCGCUGGUCCGCUCCAAGUCAUUUCAGCUUUCCUCUACAGAAGUAGGUCCAGAUGACUUGUUCAUUGUAGAACCUCUAAGGUUUUCUCCAGAGAAAAAGAAAAAACGUGGCAAGACAAAAUCUCUGGACAAAGUUGAGACCCUGAAGCCGUUUGAUCCCUCCCUGCCCCUCACAAACGGGGAUCUAAAUUGCAACGGGUUCCUGGCGAGCCUCCCUGCGAUGCCUCCCCCUCCUCCCCCUCUCCCCCCUCCCCUCCCUCCUCCAGCGCCGCAUCCCCCUCCAUCCACGGAGCAGGUGGCACCUUUGCCCGCUCUGACGUCGAAGGAGCUCCCCUCUGAAACCAGCAGCUGCAGCUCCUCCACCCACUCCGAGGAAUCGUACACUAGCCGCCUUCCCCCGCCCUCUCCCAUCUGCCCCCCCGCCGGCAUGUGCAAUGGCCACGACCUCCCUUUGGCCCUCACCCAAGCUCCCGCCAGGUCCCGACAGGAAAAGCGCUCGGUGAGGCGGCGGAGGUCUCGACAGACGGAGCUGCAGUUCCCCUCCAUGCCUGGAGGCGGCGUGGAUUCUCUGCCGAGCCUGCAGCAGCUCAUGAAGGGAAACAAAGAGAUUAGUGUUGGGACCAUCAGGGUGACCGCCGUCACCGGACACGUGUGAAACGCCCCGCUCCACAUUUACACAGCUCCCCGUUCACUAUAAGAAUGACUAUAUCCCAAAGAACCACAUUUCCCAUGAGCCCCCAGGCGCACAGUUGAAGUGACUUUAGCAACAUUAGCUCAUCCAGACAGUAUCCACCCUUGUCAAAGACCCGUUUCACGGUUACGUGCCUUUAAAUGUGUUGGAAACCUUUUUUUAAUUGUGAAAAUGUUUUAAGCUUAGAGAGCUGCUGAUGUGCAACUAGAGACUCUACGGUGGAGAGGGACACAUCAGCACACAUUCGGUACAACAGGAGUUCUUGUUUUUCUGAAAAAGCACAUCGUCUCCAGACAGCAGAGCAUCGGUUCAUUUAUUCCCCCCCCCCCCACCCUGUUCUGAGCACAGCGAGCGAGGCGCUGACCUCACCUCUACACUCCUUCAGUACGUCUUAGGCUCCUGAUGGAGAAAAGUGACAUUUUAGGGGAAACGUGGAGCACACAACUUCAUUUCAUCCUCUUUUUCCCUUCUGUCACCUUCUUAUUUUAUUCUCAUCUAUCCUGUUUGACUGUAGGUGUUUGAAUGGGACCAGUGUUUAAAAUCCUAAUGUGAACCCGUCUGACGCUCUCGCCGGCCACGUUACUGUUUGAAGCCUCCCACAGGAGCUGAAUGAAGAAAGUAGCCUAAACCCGUUUGUCCUCUUCGCUCCUUAUUUUGUUUAAACCCCAGACUACCGUUACAGAAGCAGCAGUCUGCACAUCCCACAAGCUGAUCAUGAAUCAUUCCCUCCUGGAGGUAGUUGGGCUGAGCCCAGAAAACAUCAUGCAUUGAAAGUUCCUAUCAGUUUUGAUAUAUAAUGUCUGUGAGCCAGCUACAGGCGAUCUGGCUUCUGUUUGAAUGUUUUUUUUUUAUUUUUUUUUAGCCAGUCUGAGCCAUGAUUGUUUCAUGUCCCACGUUUAUAUAUUCGUUCCAGCGUCAUCGCGUCUCUUCUGAGCCUAGUGAAGUGAAAGAACACGCUGGGACCGCAGAGUUGAAUGUUUACACUUGUUUCACUCACACAGCCCACAGGGACCCUGCAGAUGAAUCUGACCGACCAGCUUUAUUUAUCUAUUUAUUUAUUUAAGUCUGUAGAGUUUUCUAAUCGAGGCACUGGCUUGUCAGUCUCCCAGUUCUGCGGGGUCACCGUGGUUUAUGUGCGUAACAGAAAUAUUAAGUCAGUAAAAACGGUCAGGACAGAGGGCUCGAGUACAUAUUCCUUUCUUAUCGCAUGCUUUCCAGUUUUCACUUUGUAAGAAGCUUUUGUGUUGGCCUCCGUUAAGCAUCGACUGUAUUUUGCAUCCUGCUGAAUUGGUUUGUUUGUAGAACUGUUGGAUCGGAAGACUGCUGCUUCUGUCUUCAGCGCUGCUGUUUAAACGUAGGUGAAAGAGCCCAGCUAAGUGUGUUUUUUUUUUUUUGUUUUUUUUUACGGCGUCACAGCUUGAUGCACUUCUGUUUAAAUUCUGCAUAAAGCUGCAUGCAGGGCGACCCAAACGCCCUGCGGAGUCCAGGGUCUUUUUUUUGUUUGUUUGUUUUUUAACAGCUGAAAUGUUUCCUCUUGUGCUUUGGGUUUCUGACCGGCUCCGUGUGGUUGGUGUCGUGUUGUCGCUGCUACUCCUGGACCCUUUUUCCCCUCCCCAGUCACCUCUGGCGCUCGCUGCAUGCUUCCGUCAGUCAUGGUGGAGAAAAGCCGCCAGCUGGCGUUCAUGUUGUUUUAGUUCGGCCCGCCGCUCUGCGUCCUCGCUCUCACCUUCCCCUCCGGUUGUCUCCUAUUCCCUCGUUGUGUGCCCCACCUCGAAAGACCCCGGUGUUUUUAUAAAGAGGAGAUGAACCGUUAUUGAAUUAAAGGGAAGCGAGAAAGAUUGAUCCGAUUUGCAACACUAGUAAUGGGAUUACAAAUGUUUCGCAAGCUCAGCAAAUCCUUUAUUGUUUUUGUUUUUUUCCACCCUCUCUUUUUAAUGUGUAUGAUGAGUGUUUACCUGUAUGCAUGGGGGAUUACGUUAGCUUCAUGGGUGUAUGUUUUAUUUUGUCAUGAAAAAGACUACUUAGAGCCUGCUUCAAUCCAUAACACAGAAGAAGAGGAGGAAGCACUUGCAGAGAAUUUCUAGAGAUGCACGUGCACUUUGUAUGACUCCUCCUAUGACUGCCUUCUUUUUUCUUCUUUUUUUGGUUUUGUACUUUAUAUGUCAAGUGCUAUUUUUCCCCGUCACCCCUCCUCCCCCACCCCUUCUCUCUGAGUACUCCAAAAAGCUGCACAGUAUUUUUGAGCAGGAGUGAGUUACUACAACAAACUGUAGUGCCAUUAGAAACUGUGAAUUCUUUCUAAAUAAAACUUUUUUUUUUGUUGUCUUUCA